AUGAGCGAAGCACAAAGUCAGACAGUGGAGCAUGAGGGCGUCCAGGUCACCGCAGUCUCACAGGGUCUGAUGAAAGCUCAAGGACCUGACGGCGAGUUCAAGGUCAGCGGAUACCACGAGUUCAAGGUGAUCAUGAUCGCGAUCGCUCUGCACCGGCGACAGACUUAUGACGCAUGGCAUGGGGUACAGCAAGGACCUGACGGCGAGUUCAAGGUCAGCGGAUACCACGAGUUCAAGGUGACUGGGGUGAACACGACGACGACGACCAAGACGCUCAACGCGGCACUUGUGCUGACAUCUGAGGCAGCUGCGGCGGCCGAGGCCGAGGCCAGCAAUGAGGCCGGGGCGAGCGAGGGCGGCGACGGCGGCGACGGCAAGAGCGAGGAAGCCGAGGCGAGCGGCAAGGGCAAGGGCAAGAGCGGGAGUGCGGGCAAGAGCGAGCCGGGCGAGGUCGGGCGUGCAGCAGUUUACAUGGAGAUCGAGUCGGGCAGGGAGGUCGUGCUCACCAUUGUGGUGGAGACCAAGAACCAGGAGCCGUUCGAUGCAUUCCAGAUUGCAGUCGAGGCCGUGUAUGAGUUCUAG